GGAAAAAACUCCCAGCUUUCCCCAUUCCUUGUUUAAGAAGGCCAAAUUCAAAAUACAUCAGCCUGCAGACCUUGAAACGAGGGCCAUGGCGUCGGUCCCUUCCAAGCUCUAUUCAGAUGACGUUAGUCUCCUCAUGGUCUUGCUCGACACCAAUCCUUUCUUCUGGAGUUCACCUAACACUUCUCUCUCUUUCUCCAACUUUCUCUCUAAUGUUCUGUCGUUUCUUAAUUCAAUUCUCCUCCUCAACCAGUUCAACCAGGUGGUUGUAAUCGCCACCGGGGUAAAUUCUUGCGGCUGCAUAUAUGAUUCAUCUUCGGCCUUGGCCACUGAUCAGAGUUCGGAAAAUGGACGAAUGCCUGCUCUUUGUUCCAAAUUAUUACAGAAAUUGGAGGAAUUUGUGAUUAGGGAUGAGCAAUUGAACAAGGAAGAUUCAGUUGACGGGACUUGUUCUUCGCUUAUGUCUGGGUCUUUGUCGAUGGCUCUCUGUUAUAUACAAAGAGUGUUUCGGUCAGGGCCGCUUCAUCCCCAACCUCGAAUUUUAUGCUUGCAGUGUUCCCCAGACGGCCCUGAACAAUACGUUGCAGUUAUGAAUGCAAUAUUCUCAGCGCAGCGUUCCAUGGUCCCUAUAGACUCUUGUGUUAUAGGCGCCCAGCAUUCUGCCUUUUUGCAACAGGCUUCGUACAUAACAGGUGGUGUGUAUUUAAAGCCCCAGCUAUUGGAUGGCCUGUUUCAAUAUCUCACGACUGUAUUUGCAACUGAUUUGCACUCUCGCAGAUUUUUACAACUUCCAAGGCCUGUAGGGGUGGAUUUCCGUGCCUCGUGUUUCUGCCAUAAAAAUACAAUUGACAUGGGCUACAUAUGCUCUGUUUGCUUGUCUAUAUUCUGUAAGCAUCACAAGAAAUGUUCAACCUGUGGGGUUUGGAAGGAGUCGAGAUGGGUUAGCAUUGUGGACGUGUGCAUUGUUUGCUGUCUUGUCGGUAUUUGGCUGGAGAGGAAUGCUCGUAUCUUCACGGGUCAACCUUUGGUCAGGCCCAAUCUUCGGCAGCAGAUAAGAAGAGAAAAACCCCAGAAACAUAAUCUUAAUUUAAGAGUAUGGUGUUUUCCAGUUGUGUUUCUUCUCUUAUUUACUUUGUAGGACAAGCCUUCUAUUUUUGUCACUAUAUAAAGAUGCUCAUCUGGUUCGAAUUUUCUACUCCCCAUUUUUAUCUUCUUGGAACAUGAGCUCUUGGGAAGUGGAAAAUUCUGCUAUUUUACAGAAGGGGUAGAUGAACUGAUGGUUAAAGAACUUUUGCAAGCAUCAUUUUGUUGACAUGGUUUCCACCUGGACUGAACAUAAAAUGACCUUUUUGGAUUUUAUUUUUUUUUUAAUUUCCUAUAGAUCUCCCCUUGUUCUCCUUCCUGACACGCUGAAACUUUGUUAAGAGUCAGUGUUCAUGCUGCUCUGCUUAUUGGUACAAAUUGCACCGACUGGAAACAACUGUGGUUAUGAGUAGCUGCUUGUAGACUAGAAGGUGCAAUUUCGUGAAAUCCUGGGAUUGAUUUUAAAUGGAUUUGGGCUAAUUUAAUGA